AUGCUUGUCAAGUCGUAUUUGUGGGUUGGCUUCUCUGCAGUUGCUCUCGCAGCCCGGCCUCAGCAGCAGGCAUACGAUUAUAUCGUUGUCGGAGGUGGCACUGCGGGAGUGGCCGUUGCCGCUCGACUGAGCGAAGGCCUACCCUCUUCCAGUAUCCUCCUCGUCGAGGCUGGCCCCGCUGCCUGGGAUGAGCCCAAGAUCAACAUCCCAGGCAUGAAAGGUUCAACCCUGGCGACCAAAUACGACUGGAAUUUCACAACAGUUCCACAAUCUGGUGCCAAUGACCGCGUCUUCCCCGUGAACCGUGGCAAGGUGCUCGGUGGCAGCUCUGCACUCAAUCUGAUGACCUACGACCGGGCUGCUGCGGCAGAGUACGACAGCUGGGAGGCCCUGGGCAAUCCUGGAUGGAACUGGAAGACCAUGAUCAAGGCGAUGAUGAAGUCCGAGACCUUUACCGGCAAGAACACUGACACUUACGGCUCUGCGGGUGUUGGUGAUAGUGGUCCGGUUCAGGCCGUCAUCAACCGUUUCAUUCCCGACCAGCAGGAGACUUGGAUCCCCACUAUGAACAAGCUUGGAGUCAAGACCAACCUCGAGUCCCUGGGCGGAAACCCCAUUGGUGUCAUGUACCAGCCGAGCAGCAUUGACCCAACAAGCUACAAGCGAUCUUACAGCGCCAACGCCUAUAUCAAGAUCGCUGGACCCAACCUGCGAGUCCUCACAGACACCACCGUGGCCAAGGUGAACCUGGUAAAGAGUGGCACCCAGCAGAUUGCUACUGGCAUCACUCUUCAGGACGGCACCGUCAUCAGGGCGCGCCGAGAGGUCGUCCUGUCAGCCGGAUCAGUUCAAAGCCCUGGAUUGUUGGAACAGUCUGGCAUCGGCAGCAAAUCCGUCCUCUCGGCCGCGGGCAUCAAGCAGGUCAUUGACCUCCCAGGUGUCGGCGAGAACCUUCAGGACCACCUCCGCGUCAUGAGCUCGUACCAGCUCAAGCAGGAGUUCACUUCCUUCGACAUCCUCCGCAGCAACCCUGUCGUGGCUGCUGCUGAGUUGGCCCUUUGGAAUGCCGGCAAGCGCUCUCUGUACGACUACACUGGCAGUGGGUAUACCUUCACAACAUGGAAGCAGGCUCUUGGUAGUGACCGGAACCUUGUCGCUCUGGCCAAGGAAGCCGCUGGUAAGGACGCCAGCAAGGUGGACAAGAAGAAGCUCGAGUUCCUGAGCAACCCUUCUAUUCCUCAACUGGAAGUCAUCUUCUCGGACGGCUACACCGGUGUCAAGGGCUACCCAGCUAGUACAUCGCCCCUCUUUGGAAAGGGCUUCUUCUCCCUCAUCGCCGUUAUCAUGCACCCUCUCAGCCGCGGUAGCAUCCACAUCAACCCAUCCGACCCUGCUGGAAAGCCUGUCAUCAACCCCAACUACCUCAGCAACGCCCACGACCUGGAGGCCGUCACACAAGCCGUCAAAUACUGCCGCAAGAUCGCUACCACAGAGCCAAUGCGGUCAGUCUGGGAGAGUGAGUACGAGCCUGGCCUGGACGACGUCAAGACGGACGAGCAGUUCAGGGACUAUGCUCGGAGGACCACGCUCAGCAUUUUCCACCCAGUUGGAACCUGCUCCAUGCUUCCCAAGGCCGAUGGUGGUGUCGUCGACCCCAAGCUCAAGGUUUAUGGUACCAAGAAUCUGCGAGUUGUUGAUGCGAGUGUCAUUCCUCUGUUGAUUUCUGCCCAUAUCCAGACGGCUGUCUAUGGCAUCGCGGAGAAUGCGGCGAGACUGAUUAUUGCAGAUGCCAGGGGUUAUUGA